AUGCCUCCCAAAUGGCAAAAUCACGAUGCUGAGGAGACAAUAAGGAAGUCACGAUCACUAUCCGUUUUUAGAUCAUGGUCGUGGUUUCCAAAUUAUUGCAAAGCGCCCAAGGAGGAGGUGCAACAAUUAACCGAUCCCGAUCAUAUUCGCAGAUGGAUAAAGGGCGUUGUGAUUUGUUCAUGGAUCAUUGGUGGAGUCCUCGCCUUAAACAUCGUCCUCGCCGUCAUCGCUGUUGGUCUGGCAUAUUCAGGGAACAGUGGCCAGAGUUUCUCCUUCGCUUCCCUCUAUAUGGGAAAAUGCUCGACUUCCAAGAAUUGGACCACGGGAUUGCACCUCCUGAUCAACAUUCUCAGUACUGCCCUUCUAGGGGCAAGCAACUACUGCAUGCAGUGCCUUGCAGCUCCUUCACGAGAGCAGGUGGAUAAAGCGCACAGUCAAAAGACAUGGGUUCGAAUUGGCGUCCCCAACAUCAUGGACCUUCUUCGCUAUCAAACAGGCAAGCGACGCUUUCUGGGAUUGAUCCUGCUGAUCACGUCGCUGCCUAUCCAUUUGAUUUACAAUUCAGCCGUCUAUUUCUCCAUUGGUCCAACGGAAUACUCAGUCGUUGCAGCACAGGAUAGGCUUAUUCAGGAACGCGGCAACUCCACGGAAUUUGAGCAAUGCUUCAUGGAAAAUGUUGGGAUCGAAUUGCAAUCAUUCAAUGGUGCGAUCCGUGAUGGGAGUUUCAACACUCUUUCCAAGCAGGAAUGCGUUGAUAUCUUUGCUCAAGACUAUGCAUCUGGGUACGGAAUAAUUGUUCUGGUGACCAAGGACUUGAUGCCUCAAAACGAGUCUGUGGCCUGGAUAGGAACCGGAAAUAACCAAGGCUUUGACAGUGGUAAUUCUCAAUUCAGCUGGCUGUGUGCCGGGAAAUAUCCUUGCACCAAAAGUGUCGCCGAAGAAAACACCCAGAACUGGUCUGUUCACGCAUUAACGUGGUCGCGUCCCACCAUACGUCUGGCGGUGCCUAUCCCAGGCGGAAUCUAUGAGAGCGAAGGCUGGUUAGAUGUCGGACAUUACGGCGUUCCUGAAACUGAAGAUUAUAACCAUCUUGAUAAUAUUCUGGAUAAAGAUCCUUCCCUGGAGGAAUUGCAAGACGAACUAAAUAAUCCUUCUGGUUGGGUUAACAGUUCGUUCCCAGGUAGUGUGAUAGUACGCAAAGGUGAAACCGACUGCACAUAUCCAAGAACCUAUGGUGAACAGACUUCACGAUCAUAUUCAAUCGAUCACUGCAUGACUCUGCCAGUUAAGGAGAAUUGUCAGCUAUUCUUUAGCCCACCUAUCUGCCUGAUUGUAAUUGGUUGCAAUAUAGUCAAGCUCAUCUGCGCGCUAUUAGCGGCGCGCGAGAACAGAAAGGAUAUUUUCCUCACCACCGGAGACGCGGUUUCAUCUUUCCUUGCCGAACCAGACCCAACCACCGAAGGUGCUUGUCUGCUGUCCGGGCCUCUGAUCAACAAGAGAACACAAGGAUGGCAGAAAUAUAAGGGCCGUGAACGCAAAUCUUGGGAUCUUCUGGAAACCAAACAAGAGACUCCGCUUCGUUUGCCUUCUAGGAAACGAUGGUUCCAAGCUGCGAGCAUGUCACGCUGGAUAUACACAAUUCUCCUGUAUGCUACUCACCCCUCUGGUGACAAUGAUGAUCUCAGAAUUCUCAAUUACAACCAAGCCUCUAAAUCGAAAAACAUAUGGGAGUCUGGUCUGGGAGAUGCAAGCGCAGCAACUACCCUAUAUGGCCUGAGCAUUCCUGCUACCGCAAGUGGGAUAUUUUCCAUGGUUUUCAUGGCCAACAUACCUCAGAUACUAGUCUCCUUGGCUUACUUCUUUUACAACGGCCUUUUGACCUGCAUGCUCAGCGCGGUCGAGUACGAUGACUAUGCCAAAGAGCAAAAACCCCUCCGCGUAUCUUGGCCCCGCGGCGCACAGCGUUCAACAUACUACCUCAGUCUUCCAUACCGGUACAGUAUCCCGCUACUGGUAGUCUCAGCUGUUCUCCACUGGCUUGUAUCUCAGAGCUUUUUCUUCGUCCAAGUGAUCCCAUUCGAUCGUCACGGAGUACCUCAAAAAAGCUACCCAGGCGUCCUCGUGACUUGCGGCUAUUCGCCUGUUGCCAUCAUUUUCGGAAUAGUCGUUGGUGGCUUGCUACCUAUCGUCGCUUUACUUCUGGGCUUGCGUCGCUUCAGAUCGCACAUGCCACUAGCUGGACAGUGCAGUGCGGCAAUCAGCGCUGCAUGUCAUCCCAGGACUACAGCGAUCGACCAUGCACUAAAACCGGUGCAAUGGGGCGAAGUUCCAGAUAGGGUCUUGUCACAUGGCAUUUUUUCAAACACAAUAACGACUGGUGUUGAGUACGAACCUCGAUCAAGUCUUGAAAGUCAUGAACAACGGCUAUCUUUGGCUGCGGGGCUAGAUGUGAAUGAUUUCGGGGCAGUUAGUUUCUUGCAUUGCACAUUUACCUCGGAGGAUGUUAGUGAGCCGAGCACAUCGCGUCUCUAUCUCUAG